AUGGAGGGAACCACGCUGUUGGGUCUGGUGUUUACCAUGGCCGUCGCAGCGGUACUGGCUGUCUUGCUCCGGCGCCGUGGCGCCAAGGCGGAAGCUCAAGCUCAAGCGGAGGCUGAGGCAGUUCGGGCACAGCAGGAGCAGGAGGAAGCCGAGGCAGCAGCCAAGGCCAACAAGGCCAAGGCUGAAAAGGACGCCAAGAACAAGGCGAAGGCCAAGGUCGCGGCAGCCAAGCACGUGGAUCCACCACAGCUCCUCACCCUUCUCAAGGGGCACACGGGCCCUGUCACAGACGUUGUGUUCUCGCCAUCGGGCCAGCACCUGGCCAGUUGCAGCGAGGACCGCACGCUGCGCAUGUGGCGCUUGGCUGACUUUGCUGAGAAAGAACACGGGUAUGUGCGUACCAACAUCGAUCUGGAUCACGGCGACGCCAUUGCCUUUUCAACGGACGGCAAAGUUUGUGCAGUUAUAUUGCACAUGGCACAACAGGUACAGUUGUUCAAGGUCAGCAAGAAGGACGUGAGCCCACUGGCUACCCUCCCAGAGCAUCCGACAACUAGCGCUGGUCCCUUGCGGCACGUCGGCGUUGCUGUCAAUGACAAUGCCAAAUAUGUCAUGCUCAGCUACGAGAAGGAGCUGAUUGAGAUUUAUCAUCCACGCGGGAACAAAUUGCAAGAGCUUCGCACGCUGACCAGUACCAAUUACCAUGCUGCCGUCUCCCCAUGUGGUCAAUUCUUUGCCUACUCAGGAUUUACGCCUGAUGUCAAAAUAUGCGUGGCCGUGGGCGCCAACGGCAACUAUGUCAACGGAGCCAAAGCCAUGACACUGGCAGGCCUCUCGACGGGCGUUGUUCAUUUUACGUUUUCGCCAGAUUCAAGCCGGAUGGCCGCUUUGUGUAAGGACGGUCUUUGGAAGCUAUAUGACAUUGCGGUGCGGUGGAAGUCCAAUGAAGAUACGCAUGAGUUGUCGAGCGGUCAGGCUGAGCUAGUGGGCCAGCGAGGCUUUGUGGCUAUAGACCCACAAGGCGGCAGUGUUGUGGUCGCCAGCGGCAAUCACCUCCAGAUUUUCUCAGCCAGUUCAGGCAAACUGCUGCGUCAUAUCCCAGACAUUUUCGCCAAGGGUCAUGCAACAGCUUUGUCGUUUUCACAGCUGGGGGAUUGCUUUGCCGUGGGAGGCAGCGGGCGGCACAUUGCCGUGUUUCAAAAUGUGCAAGGCUACGAGGAGCGUCUGCGACAGCUUGAAGCCAAGCUGUCGCGCGAAUCAGAUUCCAAUGCCCAGGAGCGCAUGCAGCAACUCUGCACCGAUCUCCGCCGCCAAUUGCAGACCUGGCGCUCCGGGCCCUAA